UCGUGUGCUUAGUGCUCAUCUCAUAUCACUCAUUGUUGAUUGUGUAUAGUGUCUUGUAUGCGCGACGGGUCGUCACUUCGAACACUCACGAAAUUUCAAAACAAAAUAUGUCUGAAAGGAAACCCCAGCAAGGCUCCCAAGCCGAUCAAAAAGAGAAGAAAAGGAAAGAAAGUAUAUUAGACUUGUCAAAGUAUUUAGAAAAGAACAUCAGAGUCAAGUUUGCUGGUGGAAGGGAAGCCUCAGGUAUCCUUAAAGGAUAUGAUCCUUUGCUUAAUCUUGUACUGGAUAAUACAACAGAAUAUCUCAGAGAUCCUGAUGAUCCGUACAAGCUUAAUCAAGACACUCGAGCACUUGGGCUUGUUGUAUGUCGAGGUACAUCAGUUGUUCUUAUUUGUCCAGUUGAUGGUAUGGAGUCCAUUCCGAAUCCAUUUGUUGCACAAGAAGGGUGAUUUGUGCUGAAUGACAUUCUUUUUCUGACAUUCAUUGACAUUUUUUUAUAUCUACAUUUAAUUAUUAUGAGGAUUAUUUGAAGAAAAUGUACAUAGGUAUAAUAAGAAAAAUAAGAUAUCAAAAUUCAUAAGUAAAAAUAUUGAUACCAGAA